UCUCUUUAAUAUUCAGUGUUAUUACAAAACGUGGCAGGAUAGACAUGCCCAGCCAUCUCUGCAGAUGCUCACUUGUAAUGCUGCCUUAAGGAGAUGAAGAGAUGAGGACAAAUUGUUCCAGCGGUUCAGCCUGUGCUGCCAACAGUUCGGAGGAGGAGGAGCUGCCAGUGGGGCUGCGGGCACCUGGGAACCUGGAACUUGUCUUCGCAGUGGUGUCAGCCGUGAUGAUGGGCAUGCUCAUGUUCUCACUGGGGUGCUCCGUGGAGAUCCGGAAGCUGUGGUCCCACUUCAGAAGACCCUGGGGCAUCGCGGUGGGGCUGCUCUGCCAGUUUGGGCUCAUGCCUCUUAUCGCCUAUCUCCUGGCCAUCAGCUUCUCCCUAGCGCCCUUGCAAGCGAUUGCUGUUCUCAUCAUGGGGUGCUGCCCCGGGGGAACCGUCUCUAACAUCUUCACCUUCUGGGUUGAUGGAGACAUGGAUCUCAGCAUCAGUAUGACAACCUGUUCCACAGUGGCUGCCCUGGGAAUGAUGCCACUCUGCCUUUAUCUCUACACCUUGUCCUGGAAUUUUGAGCAGAAUUUCACCAUUCCGUAUCAGAACAUAGGGAUUUCCCUCCUGUGCCUGACCGUUCCUGUGGCCUUCGGUGUCUAUGUGAAUUAUAGGUGCCCCAAACAAUCCAAAAUCAUUCUCAAGAUUGGGGCCAUUGUUGGUGGGGUCCUCCUUUUGGUGGUCACAGUUGCUGGUGUGGUGCUGGCGAGAGAAUCUUGGAAUGCAGACAUCACCCUACUGAUCAUCAGUUGCAUCUUUCCUUUGAUUGGCCAUGUCGCGGGCUUUCUGCUGGCGCUUCUUACCCACCAUUCUUGGCAGAGGUGCAGGACAAUUUCCUUAGAAACGGGGGCCCAGAAUAUUCAGAUGUGCCUCACCAUGCUGCAGCUCUCUUUUACUGCCCAGCAGCUGGUCCAGAUGAUCAGCUUCCCCCUGUCCUAUGGACUCUUCCAGAUGGUGGAUGGAUUUCUCAUUGUUGCAGCAUAUAAGUUGUACAAGAGGAGACUGAAGAACAAACACAGAAAAAAGACCCCGGGCUGUGCAGAAGGCUGCCGUAACGAGCGCUCCACCUCUCCCCAAGAGACCGGUGCUUUCUUGGAGGUGAAUGAAGAAAUCGCUGUAACUCCUGGGACAUCAGAGCCGAUGGAUCCCCCUGUGGCUCUCGAGCCAACGGGCCCCAUCUCCUCAUGUGCACAGUAGGGGCUUGCGGGUCCCUACUGGACGCUGGCUACCUCCACCCUCAGUAAAGAGAGUGCAGGCCUGAUGCGUGGAUCUCAUGGGCGAGGCCUGUGGGAAUGUCUACAUUUUUGUGUGGAUUGUAAAUUGUCCCAGGAUCCCUCUUUGAGAAUGUAUUCUGCCUCUUUCAGGGAGUCCUUUGGGGUUUGCACAACAUAUUUACCAGUUGCUGUGUUCUAGUCUUCCCGUUGUUAUGUGCAGUCGUCCUCACUUGUGGCUUUUAACCACAGGAGGGUAGGGACUCUGUAGAGGUGCCCUCUCAUAUUCAGGGCAAGGACAGUCUGAACGCCCUUGACUUUGGGAAGGCUCUUCGGAGCCCGGGGGAGGAAGCACUCAGGUCUUAGAAAACAUGGGGUCUUUUCUCAAAUGGUCGUUCAAUCUUAAGGGCUUGAAAGUCUUUUUGGAUUGUAAACGUAAUACAGAUUUAGAGGAAAAUCUGUAUUUAACGAACACUUGAGGUUAAAAGGUGAAUGUCCCAUAUUUUCACUCCCCAGUGAUAGGCACAUAUAUAUCCUUCUAAGGGUUGUUUACACAUUAUACCACUUCAAAAAUACUGGGCUUUUCCCACGUAUACUGUCUAAUAAGUCACUUAAUGACGCCUUAUGGAGCACCUUCACACGUCGUUCUGUGCUGACCUGCCUCAUUCUGUAGAACAAUGGCUUUGUAGAAGAGGCUCACUGCGUGGAAGGACUGACUGGUUUCACGGUUCCUCAUUCGCGGGCAUUUAGAGAGCGUCAGCUCACUGGCACUGCGAUGCUGCUCCGCAUGCCUGUGCCCUUCUGGGGGCAUUUCUGUAUGGCCACUGUCUACAGCUUGAAUCGACAGGCCAACUGCACAGGAAGACGCUGGACUCCGCUCUCUGGCAAUGCUGAGCGCUCAGCAGUGCCCAAGAGGGCCCAGCCCUCGGCCCCGGCCAAAGGAUGAUCAGCUUUGAUGUGUGAGAGCGUCACAUUUGAAGCCGCAUUUAAUCAGUUCUGAGUAAAGUAUUUUUUUUCAUGACCACUUGCCUAUUCAUGUCUUUUGACUGCUUUUCUAUUUUAUUUGUCCUUUUUGAUUGACAGGUUCGAACACUUUAUGGAUAGUGACCCAUUGCCUCGUUUUUGUCAGUGUUUUACACCCUCAUUUAUCUUUUGCUUUUUGGGAAUGUCUUUUGCUGUACAGUUUUAUACUUUUUACAUAUGAAGCAGUAUUAAUCUUUUAAAAUAAUGUUUUUGACCUUGAUCUCUGUCCAGUGUUGGAACUUUACAUUUUUUAUGUGACUGGAUUGUGAAAGGAUUCCUUGCUGAGAAUGUAUUUGGCCCCUUUUCAGGGAGUUCAUUUUGGGUGUUUACUAGCUGCGGUGUGUACUGCCUGGCAUUGUAGAACCCAUUCUCCUCCUCUACUCUUACAUUAAACAUAUUUUCCAU